AGAUGGCGGUAUAGAUAUCUUUGAAGCUGGUUGGUAUCCACCAAUCCCAAGAGAUGCAGUUUGUGGGCAUGAACUACUUUGACUGUUUUGCUUUCGUCUCAUCGAUGCUGUCCAAUCAGACACCGCGAAAGCGAGACACCGCCAAGAUCAGAUUGUGAGACGCGCUGCUGUAGCAAAGCUAGCACAGAGUGGAUAGAAAAAGGCUAACAAACGAUUUGCUAACUUGUGAAGUGCACCGGGGUCUGAAUAGUGACGAACAGAAGAACAUUUUCUUUUUAACCUGAAGCUCUACUCCUCCGGUCCUUUGGGAUCAUGGCUAAAGAUGCUGGUCUGAUUGAAACAAAUGGAGAGCUGAAGGUUUUCAUCGAUCAGAAUCUUAGCCCUAGCAAAGGUGUCCUAUCUUUGGUUACUGUCCAGCCUACCGCUGCCCCGGUGGCCAAACAGCUACUACCCAAAACUCUUGGGCCAUCCAAUGUGAACAUUGCUGCACACAUGCAACAUGUGCCACACAUGGUGAUUGGAACACCCCAGAGGCCUACGGUAUCCAAUACCAUUUUGGUAAACAGUCCACAUACACCCAGUUCCCAGUUCCUCACUCAGAGUCAACCAUCUGAUGCCUCUCCUUGGUCAUCAGGAAAACGUGGUAAGAAAGGGGAAAAGAACGGGAAGGGCUUGAGGCAUUUCUCCAUGAAAGUGUGUGAGAAGGUGCAGAAGAAAGGAGUAACCACCUACAAUGAAGUGGCAGAUGAACUGGUCGCAGAAUUCAGCUCUUCAGACAACCACAUGUCACCCAAUGACUCGCAUGUGUAUGACCAGAAGAACAUUCGGCGGCGUGUGUACGAUGCACUCAAUGUGCUCAUGGCCAUGAACAUUAUCUCUAAAGAGAAAAAGGAAAUCAAAUGGAUUGGUCUUCCCACCAACUCAGCGCAAGAGUGCCAAAACCUCGAGGUGGAGAGACAACGGCGGCUGGAGAGGAUUAAGCAGAAACAAUCACAGCUUCAGGAGCUCAUACUGCAGCAAAUAGCUUUUAAGAACUUGGUUCAGCGGAACAGACAGACAGAGCAGCAGGCAAACAGACCUCCACCUCCCAACUCCAUCAUCCACCUUCCCUUCAUUAUUGUCAACACCAGCAAGAAAACUGUCAUCGACUGCAGCAUCUCUAAUGACAAGUUCGAGUAUUUGUUCAAUUUUGACAGCAUGUUUGAGAUCCACGACGACAUCGAGGUGCUGAAACGUAUGGGCAUGGCCUGUGGUUUGGAAGUGGGAAAGUGUUCUCCAGAGGAUCUGAAGGUUGCACGUAGCCUGGUGCCCAAAGCUCUGGAGCCCUACGUUAUAGAGAUGGCAAAGGGUCCCAUCAGUAAUGUCUACAUCACUGGAGGGUCCUCUGCCAAUGGAGCCCGUUACCCUGCAAGUGAUGGCUGCACUGAUGGCACCAUGGCCUCCAGCUCGAAUGACUCUCACUACAGCGGGUCUCGCGUCGAGACUCCAGUGUCUUAUAUGGGGGAUGAUGAUGACGAGGACGAGUAUGAUGAGAAUGAUGAUGAAGACUAACCUGUCUACGCCACGCCACUCCAACAAGCACAGUCCUUCAAACCACCUUCACCGUGGGAAUUUAGUCCCUUUUUUGUGUGUGCUUCUUCAACCUUUUCCCCUAUUUCCCAUGCCUGUAUUUCUGUCUGGCUUUCUCAGGGGUGUAGAUGAAUAUUGGAAGAACAGAGGUGUAUAUUGCACCUAUCUUUUUUCUGCUCCUGAAUCACGUGCACCUGCACCACAGCUCUGGGGGAGGUGUCGUCCAAGGGAACUGUAGUCUGUGGCCCGGCCACCACGCUGGAGUCUUUGUAUGUCUAAUCCACUUCUCAAUAAGCCAUCCCACUAAAAAGAAACCUCUGUAAAACCUACUGCUGUUGGAGAAUGUAUAAUGUACUUGUUUGAAUAGUUAUUCCUAUUAUUUUGCAAUGACAUAUGGCAAACAUGAUGAUGAUCAAAAUGUUCCAAGAUGGCCAAAGUGUUUGCCUUUAACAUGCUGUGUUAGUGCAACACCAUGGAUUCUGAAUGGCCUAAUACAGUUGCCAUGGCAUCCCAGGAUGGGGCUCCAUCACAUGUGUUGAUACUUUUUAUUUUGUGUUCUGGGCAAUAAUUUUUUGAAAUAGUUUCUUAUCCCCCAUUGUGUUGGGCUGGCUUCCUUCUGUUCUGUAGGCAGCUGCUUUCCUGAUCUUGUUUGCUAGUUUUGUUUCAUUUUGUAUUCUGGAGUUGAGGAAUUCUCCAUCACCGCCCUGUUAACGCCUUGGUAGUGUUUACAAAAUAAUGGCACCAGCAAGGUAAAGACUUUUAUAACCCAGGCUCCUAAUAGGUAAAUAAGCUUUUUUUGUGAAUUACGUAUAUGAAUCCUACGACGAUUGUAGCUUAUAGUAUCCUUUAGAGGCCAGUGUAAAGAUAGACCUUCAAAAAUUAUUGAUGUAAGAAAAAAUGUGUGGUUGCAUAGGUCUUUAUGUACUCCCUUCAAAGAUCUCCCUUUUAAAACUUAGCAACACAUGUACUGACUCUCCAAAUACCUUUUCUGUAAUCUAAUAUAAGUUUGCAAAUUAAAAUAUAGAUUGUUUUAAUAA